CUCCAGUCUAUGAGUUAGAGAGGAGUGAGGGCCAGUCGUCGCAUGUAAAAGAAUGUCGUCCACGUCGGAGAAACUAGUACGAAGCUAGACGGAAGAAGAAAUGGGGUUUCGUCGGAAGAGGACCUCGCUGUACGCCGAACUGUUUUAUGCCAGAGCCUAACCGCUACCGCGCCUUAGAUCAGGAUGCCGCUGAACUUCUUGAACACGCCUAUACCACUAUCGGAAGGGAAGGCCGUCGCUGUUAAAAAUGGUAAACCGGAGUUCGCCGGAGUUGACAAGUGCUAGGAGAGUGGAUCUUUUCCGCCGCUCGCCGGUGGGGACUGCCGCAUCUCGCUGUAGGAGGAGUUCGCCGCUGACCAUUUGCCGUCAUCGUAUGGAAUGGUUGCCGUCUCUCUACUCUGCGUUGUCGGCGUCAACCCCUGAGGAAGACAGUACAAGGCAAAUUCGGAAGAAGAUCAAGAUAGAAGUUUCGGUUAGGAGUUAUCGCGAUUUGAGCUCUCAACCAAUCCAAGCAAUCGACGAGCCUCAGAACCGUUGCUUUCUCCACAGCUGAAAGAUGUACGAUUAUUCUACUCCUUCCCAGCUCUGGCUACGCCUCCAGCUUCAGCAGCUCCGCGCUCCGCCGUUUGGACUUCGUCAUGUGCGACUCCGCUCUCCGCCCUUCGUCUCUCACAGCUCCGUGCUCCGUCCUCCAUAUUGUGCGGAUUUACUUCCAGUUGGAUGAGAUGUGCUUCAGAUAGCCAUUUUAGAUCCUCCUUAGCAAUCGUCCUAUCGUAUGUUGUUAUUGAAUCGCAUCGAUUCACUCAAAUCAGGGAAAAAUGUAUUCUAAUCUCACCAAGCAGAGUACCAAACAAUAUUUAUAAGGUGAAUAAUUUAUGUUCUUCAUCCUCCUUUGUUCAGCAAAUUUAUGUUCUUCAUCCAUUAUGAUGAAGUUUAUCCUUUGUGUUCAUUAAUUAAUUUCUUGUAUCUAGUGAAUAAGCAAUAGGCCUUGGUUGAUUUUCUUAGUUUUGCUGGAUUUAGAUAUUGGAAGCAAGUUAGUAAGGGCUGUUGGGAAAGCAUGUUGUAGGUGAAGAAGAUCAACUUUCACAUGGAUAAUGGCUCCUGAGGCUUGAAUUGCCAUUGUUUUUGUUUUCUUCAUAAAGAAAAAAGUUUAUCUACUCAAGCAGCUGAGGAAAUGAAUCAAUCUCCUCUUCAAUAGAAAAGGAGAAACAGGGUAGAGUAGAGUCUGUCUGCUCUUCUUUCAGUGUCCUGAACAAGUCAUCAAUUUCAAGAGUUCACUCUAUCCCGAGUGACAGAUGGCUGCAUUUGUAUUUAGGCUAGAUUAUUCUUAUUUUGGCACCAUUGAAAAUGAGAGUCAAUUCUGAUGGAUUCUGCAUUAAGGUGCAUACAAGGAAGAAGAAAUGUGAUCAAACAAAGGCAAAUAAUAUAAUAUAUAGAUUUAAUAAAUUAAAAUACUACCU